AUGACGGCGGAGGACAGUGAAAAAGUGAAAGUUGCUGUUCGAGUUCGCCCUUUCAAUAAAAGAGAACUUGACUUGGGUACGAAAGCUGUUGUUCGAAUGUGCAAUGGACAAACAAUACUAGAUCAUAUUUCUGAUGAUAAGCAGCCAAAGACUUUCGCAUUUGAUCACUCGUUCUAUUCAACGGAUCCCAAUGAUCCCAGUUUUGCAAGUCAAGAGGAAGUAUUUAACAGCCUCGGAUCUGGUGUCCUUGAAAAUGCUUUUGCCGGCUACAAUGCAUGUAUUUUUGCUUACGGUCAAACAGGUUCUGGCAAAUCGUACUCAAUGAUGGGCACUUCGGAACAGCCUGGAAUUAUACCACGCUUGUGCAAUGAAGUGUUUCGAAGGAUCAAGGAGACUACUUGUGACACUCUCCAUUAUAAGGUUGAAGUUUCCUACAUGGAAAUUUACAAUGAACGAGUACGAGACCUUCUUGAUCCGAAGAAGUCCAAUAAGCAUCAUCUCAAAGUAAGGGAACAUAAAAUCCUCGGGCCUCUCGUCGAUGGCUUGUCAGUACUUGCAGUAGAUUCAUUCCAGCAAAUCGCAUCUCUUAUCGAGGAGGGAAACAAAUCAAGGACAGUGGCUGCGACAAACAUGAAUGCUGAAAGUUCGCGUUCUCACGCUGUAUUUAACAUAACGCUCACACAGAUUCUAAAAGAUGUCGAGAAAGACUUCACCGGAGAAAAAGUAGCUAAAAUUUCGUUGGUCGACCUGGCUGGGAGUGAACGAGCUGGUAAAACUGGAGCGAUAGGUAAACGACUCGAAGAGGGUGGUAAUAUUAAUAAAUCACUCACCACUCUCGGAAUGGUCAUUUCCGCCCUAGCAGAGCGCUCAAAUGGAAAGAAGGAGAAAUUCAUCCCCUAUCGCGACUCUGUUCUCACUUGGCUACUAAAAGACAACCUGGGCGGAAACUCGCGUACGGUAAUGAUCGCUACCAUAUCCCCGGCUGCAGACAACUAUGAGGAGACUCUGUCCACGCUUCGCUACGCUGAUCGGGCCAAACGUAUCGUCAAUCAUGCAGUCGUUAAUGAGGAUCCAAACGCUCGCGUCAUUCGUGAAUUACGAGAGGAGGUGGAGACAUUGCGAAUGCAAAUAAGUCAAACGCUUAAAGAACAUUCGGAGACCGAGGAGUUGCGUGAACGACUUGCUGAGAGUGAGAGGUUGGUGGCACAAAUGAAUAAGUCCUGGGAAGAACGACUAAAAGAGACAGAUACUCUGAAUAAGGAACGGCAACGGGAUCUAGCCGAAAUUGGUAUUUCCAUCGAGUCGAGUGGCAUUAAAGUUGAAAAAGAUCGUUUUUACCUUGUCAAUCUCAACGCUGACCCGUCACUCAACGAACUCCUUGUCUAUUACAUUAACUCUACAGCAAUCAUAGGAAAUCUGGACGAGAUUGAGACCAGCUUGGACUCUGGACUUGGAAAUUCUGUUGAAGAUUUAGAUAAAAAGGACGGUGGUGAGCGCACGAGCAUCGUACUUCGAGGAUUGGGUGUGAUGCGUCGACAUGCGCGUUUGAGUGUCGUUGAGGAACGGGGACGACAACGACUAUACGUUGAGCCAUUGUCCUGUGAAGGAAGAGUUUGCGUGAAUGGACGCGAAAUUACGGACAGAACUCUGUUGCGCCAUGGAUAUCGUCUUCUCAUAGGAAUGAACCACUUCUUCAGGGUGAACUGCCCUAAAGAUGUGGACAUGACUCAAUCUGUUAUGGAUGAGAGCGUUUUGUUCGACUAUGAUGAUGCUUGGCAUGAGGUGAACGGCGACGGAGGCGGGAACCCUAUAUCUACAGCUGUUGAUCAAUAUAUGGAACAAGUUACUCUGAAGCAUCAAGAAGAUAAGCAGGCAGCGUUGGAGAGGCAGUAUGAAGCAUUCGAGCGAUAUAUCCAGAAUUUGACAGCGGGAGGAUUCACUCCAUCCACUCCGAUGACUCCUGGCUAUGGCUUCAGUACGCCACUAGGGACCCCAGGAACCGCGUUACCUCCUUUCCCUUUUCCUGCAAAUCCUAAGCAAAUGGUCCGCAGCAAGUUUUUCUAUUGGGCGCAGCGAAAAGAGGAAAUGUUCGCUGAGUCUUUGAAAAGACUGAAAAGUGAUGUCAUCCGCGCAAACGCUCUCACUCGUGAGGCGAACAUGAUCAGUCGAGAGCUUGGAAAUACGCGUCGACAAACCACUUACGACGUAACCCUUCAGAUUCCAGCGGCUAACUUAAGACCAAGCAAAAUAAAGGCUGGAACGUUUGUUUGCGAGCCAGUUAUCGUCGUUCGACGUUCCGGGAUGAGCGGCAGUCAAUUAUGGACGGUUGCGCAGCUGGAGAAUAAACUUAUAGAUAUGAGGGAAAUGUACAAUGAUAAAUUGAACGGGGUCAUAAGGGAGCCGUCAUGCACGUCAAGUCCUGAAGGAUCCCCAGCUCAUUCUGUUCCUCAGUCAUCUUUGGAUGAGGUUAUGAUCGAUCCGUUCUUCGAGAGUCAGGAACACCACAACCUCAUAGGUGUGGCUAACGUCUUUUUAGAGGUGUUAUUCCACGACAUGAAACUCGACUAUCAGGUUCCGAUUAUUUCCCAUCAAGGUGAAGUUGCUGGGCGUCUUCAUGUACAAAUUUACAGAGUUCCGAACUGCGAAUCCGAUGGAAUUCAGUCACCUGAGCGCGAGUACUGCGAUGGUUUGGAAAGAGCCGAAAGCCUUCUCGGAAAAGUUAUUACUUGCCGGGUCCGAAUAAAGAGGGCAUCAUCACUCCCCGAGUCCUUGUCACAUUUUGUCUUCUGUCAAUACUCUUUCUUCAAUCUUUCGGAAAUGCUCGUUGUCGCGCCAGUUUUUGAUCCGUCGCAAGCAUCCGAGUCACAGACUCAAGCCGCAACAUUCGUUUUUGAUCACGAGAAGGAUUUCAAAGUAGUAGUGACAGAAGAAUUUCUGGAAUAUGUGCAAGACGACGCGUUGUCCAUUGAAGUUUGGGGACAUCGAAGCGGCGGUGUGACCGACAUGAGUGAACCUAAACUAGACGCUGAAGAGAAGAGCAAGUCAUUGCAGGCGAGAUGGUCGGAGGUAUCGCGACGUUUGGAGUUGUGGACUGAAUUCCGCGAACUCAGUGAGACAGGACAGUGGAUACCUGUGGAAGUUCGACAACAGGAUGAUGUGGCAACUGGUGGUGUUCAUCAACUAAAGCAGGGUCAGCAAAGGCGGCUACUUGUCGGAUUAUCUCUUCCACAACAUGGAGCUGGUCUACCACUCGGAAUCGAUACAAUUACUAGCGUGAGCAUCGGUUGCGUAUGUGUUUGCGAUGCGGGACAGCAACGAGUACUGGAUAGCUAUCAGGAGGAAGAUCUGGAACGAAUACGGGCCCAGUGGACCUUAGCUCUUCAAAGCCGUCAGAAGUAUCUCGAACAGCAACUAGACUCGCUUUCUUCAAUAUCAAAUAAGUCUGAAGCUGAACUUGAGAGGGAGCACUCACUUAUGGGGCAAUGGGUAUCGUUAACGGAGGAACGCACAGCAGUAUCGAUUCCAGCUCCUAAUUCGGACAUUCCUGGAGCUCCUUGUGAUUGGAUCCCACCACCAGGUGUUGAGGAGCACGUCCCUGUUUUAUUCCUUGAUUUGAAUUCGGACGACAUGACAGGAGAAAUGACGAGUGAUGAGAAUACUCCUCGCGUUGCGGGUUUUCAUUCAUUUUUGCCUAAGGAAGAAAGCGGCGGUCCGUUGGUUAUGCUUCCCAUAGUACAUUUUGAUGAGAAAGAGCUGAUUGCGACAUGUUCUUGGGACAGCUCAAUUCACGACCAACCAGCGCUAAAUAUUCCGUCGUCGUCGAAUGAAAGAGUUUACGCUAUCGUAAAAGUCGGAGUGCGCCUAUCACAUCCUUGUUCCAUGGAAUUGGUCCUUCGUAAACGGGUUUGCCUUAAUAUUUACAAGAAGGCCAGUCUCACGGAUCGAAUCCGAAAGCGGAUUGUUGGAACAGAUCCUCUGCAUCGCACAGCUGUUUAUUACGACGUUGUAGCCCAUUUGCCGAAGUCCUCUCAUGACAUGGAGGAGCGAUCAUCUCUCGCUUUAAUGGCUGCGCGGCACACUGCAUCUACAGAGGAAGAACAUAUGGGUGGAAACGAUGAUGGACACCGGCCGAAUAAACAGUUGAGCUAUAUAGAAGCAUAUACGAAGUCUAUCCAGGCAGUUGAGUCUAUGCUGAAACUAGAUCGGCUUCGGCAGGAAGUUGCGAUAACUAAUAUGUUGAGCAGAAGAGAAAGACAACAACGGCUAUCACAUCUUGGCCUCCCAAGCCAAUCGUUCCGGAUGAAACGAGCUGUUAGUCUCCCGAACGCCAUUUCAUUACCGUUGAAUCAAUUACCGGCGACAUCACGACAUAGUGAACUAACUGCGGAGUCUCAACACAAACCUCCACAGCCGCCAGAUACGCCGAUGUCGAUGUCGACGACAUCCAUGGCACGUCCCACCUUUCUUAAUCUGAAACCAUUAUAUAAUGGAAAGUUGACGAGCCUUAUUAGUCCACUGAAUGAAAAGCUGUGCGGUAUCGACGAGGAGAUAUCUGCAAAAAAUGAGCAGUCCUUUCCUGUUCGCUCUUCCACGGUGCCCGAAACGUUGAAUUCUUCGGCUGCCCGAGAGCUAAUGUAUUCGGCAGAUGUUCGAAACGGAAACAUGUCGGCAGCAUCCGUUCUCACCACUUCGUCAAUCCUCACAUCAUCGACAGAUGAUGAAAAUCGUCCAGACAUGGAUAUUCUGCAAUUGAACAAUAAUCAACAGUUGGGCAAAGAAAAGCUGUACUUGAAGGGCAUAUGUGCAAAGAAUGGCUGUUGA